AUGCCUCAUUUUUAGCUGGAUGCUGAUAACUACGAGACUGAUCCAUGCCUGAAGGAGAUUCGGAGAGCGGAAAAUUAUUCUUGGAUGGAUAUAGUAACCAUACAUAAGGACAAGCUUCCAAAUUACGAGGAGAAGAUAAAAACGUUUUAUGAAGAACAUUUACACCUAGAUGAUGAAAUUCGCUACAUCUUAGAUGGAUCUGGGUAUUUUGAUGUUCGAGACAAGGAUGACAAAUGGAUCCGGAUUUCCAUGGAAAAAGGAGACAUGAUAACCCUCCCUGCUGGCAUAUAUCACCGAUUUACGCUGGAUGAGAACAAUUAUGUGAAGGCGAUGAGGCUGUUUGUAGGAGAACCCGUCUGGACGGCAUACAACAGGCCAGCUGAUGAUUUUCCUGCUCGGAAACAAUAUGUGAAGUUUUUGGCUGAAGAAGCACAGUAACGGUGUCUGAGACCUGACGGGUGGAACAGCCUGCAGUGCUGUCAGAAUACACGUGACUGGUGGCUUUUCGCUGAUUAGACUACUUCUGUUUAUGU